AUGGCAGAACGUUACUACCCUAAUGAAAUGGGUGGCCUUUCAAUUGAAGAAUUGGCACCUGAAAGUGCAAAGGACUCUUUAUCCAAACUUCGUUCACUUCCUUAUGACACUAUUUCUCAAAGACUCAAGCUAGAUGCUAUCAACCUCAAACAUGAAGUUGUGAGGGAGACAUGGGCAGCAAAAGGAAGACAUGUAAAUGACUACAGACUCUACACUGGAACUUUAGGGACUGCUUAUUUACUAUUCAAAUCAUAUCAAAUUACUCGAAACAACGAUGAUCUUGCACUUUGCUCCGAUAUUAUUCAGGCAUGUGACGCUGGUUGCAAUGGUUCAGGACCACCUACAUUUAUAGGCGGGCACGCAGGUAUUUACGCUCUUGGUACUGUUGCUGCAAAGAAUAAUGGUGAUGAUCAAUUAUGUCAACAAUUUUUGACUAAAUUCAAGGAGAUUAAACUUCCAAUAGAUCUUGGAGAUGACUUGUUUUAUGGUAGAGCAGGGUACUUAUGGGCAUGUUCUUUCUUAAAUAAACAUCUUGGCAAAGGCACAAUAUCCAUCUCCCAAAUGAGAGCAGUUGUGAAUGAACUCAUCAAGGCAGGUAGAAAACUGUUGAAAUUAGAAAAUUUUAAAUCUCCUUUAAUGUACGAAUCGAGGGGGAAAAAGUACUGGGGAGCAGCCCAUGGAUUAGCUGGUGUUAUGAAUGUUUUACUAGACAUGGAACUAAAACAAGAUGAAAUUGAAGAUGUUAAAGGAGCAUUAAGGUACAUGAUCAAGAAUCGAUUUUCGAGUGGAAAUUAUCGUACUAGUGAAGGAGAUGAAUCAGAUGUUCUUGUCCAUUGGUGUCAUGGUGCUCCUGGUGUUGCUCUUACCCUUGCAAAAGCAGCUAAGGUUUUUGGUGAUGAUGAAUUUCUCGAAGCAGCUAGAGAAGCAGGGGAGGUAGUGUGGAGACGCGGUUUGCUCAAACGAGUCGGGAUUUGUCAUGGAAUAAGUGGGAAUGCUUAUGUUUUUCUAUCACUAUACAGGCUAACAGGGAAAGAGGAGUAUUUAUACAAAGCAAAAGCAUUUGCUUGUUUUCUACAUGAUAGAGCUCAUACUUUAAUAUGUGAAGGUAUUAUGCAUAAAGGUGAUCAUCCUUUUUCUUUGUUUGAAGGAAUUGGAGGAAUGGCUUGUUUGUUUUUGGAUCUUGUUGAGCCAUUUGAGUCUAGGUUUCCUGCUUAUGAAGUCUAGGAUUAGGA